AUGUCUGAACCCAUUAGAAAUAAAAAAGCAGAUUUCCCGGUUGCUCCGACGCCGCAAAACACUCCGGCUAACAAUGCCCCUAUCUCGUCUCACGCCCAACAACCCGGAGUCGACAGCAUAAAAGAAGAAUCCCUUGAUCAUGCUGCCGCCGCUUCUCUUUUUGCCAGGAACCCUGGGCUUGUUUCGAUGAUCCAAGGGAAACUGGGAUCGCUUGUUGGCCGCUCAUCGGGCUACAUUGAAUCUUUACCAGCACCUGUGCGCCGCCGCGUGGCUGGUCUGAAGGGCAUUCAGAAAGAUCACGCCAAACUUGAAGCCCAGUUCCAGGAGGAAGUAUUAGAGCUUGAAAAGAAGUACUUCGCGAAGUUCACUCCUCUGUACCAGAGACGUGCUACAAUAAUCAAUGGCGCUGCGGAGCCGACCGACCCUGAGGUUGAAGCGGGUAAAGGAGAUGACGAGGAGGAAGAUGCGGAUGUCAAGGUUGAGGAUGAGUCGAAAAAGGAGGACGACAAAGAAUCCCAAGCAGCUGGAAUCCCAGAAUUCUGGCUCUCCGCCAUGAAAAACCAGAUUUCUCUUGCGGAAAUGAUCACUGAACGGGAUGAAGAAGCCCUUAAGCAUCUCACCGACAUUAGAAUGGAAUAUCUCGAUCGCCCAGGCUUCCGUCUCAUUUUUGAGUUUUCGGAGAACGCUUUCUUCAGCAACAAUACCAUCUCCAAGACCUACUAUUACAAAGAAGAGAACGGAUACGGUGGUGAUUUUAUCUACGACCAUGCCGAGGGCACUAAAAUUGAUUGGAAGCCCGACCAAGAUCUCACCGUCCGUGUGGAAAGCAAAAAACAGAGAAACAAGAACACCAAGCAGACUCGCGUCGUGAAGAUUACCGUCCCCACCGAGUCCUUCUUCAACUUCUUUUCUCCUCCGCAGCCCCCCACAGAUGAUGAUGAUACUGUCACCACCGACAUUGAGGAGCGUCUUGAACUCGACUACCAGCUUGGCGAAGAUAUCAAAGAGAAACUCAUCCCCCGCGCCAUUGAUUGGUUUACAGGCGAGGCACUUCAGUUCGAGGAGCUGGGUGACGAUAUGGACCCGGAUGAGUUUGAAGAUGAGGACGAUGAAGAUGAGGAGGACGAAGAGGACGAAGAUGAGGACGAUAGAAAAUCGGAUCGGGACAUGGACGAUGACUCCGACGAAGAGGACGGUACUUCCAAGCCCAAGAAAGAGGCGGCCGAAUGCAAACAAAGCUGA